CUGGCAACAGAUCUCGAGAAAAUCGGACGGUUCAUCGUGUACGUGAAAACCCUUUUUGAUCAAAAUUCUUUGAAUCUCGCUUUGUGCUAUCUAAUUUUCCUUUUUGCAUGGCGAAUUCCAAUAUUGUAAUUAAGCAAGAAAUUUUGGAAGGGUUUACCAAGAAGCCGCCGGAAAAAUCUUCACCGGCGCCUCAAUCGGUGUUUAUUGAUCUAAGUAGUAGUGAUGAUUCCGACUCCGAUUCCGGUUCCGAUUCCGGUAGUAUUUCCGGUAAUGGUAGUAAUAGGCCGAAGAAGAAGAGGAAGAGGGUACAGGAUGUGAACUUCGCAUUGCCUUUGGGAUUUUUGGAUCCUUUGCCACCGCCAAAGGAACCUCCAUUGCCGUUACCAGCUCCGCCUAAUGGAAGUAAUACGGAUUUAGGUGUUUCCGGGAGUAGUUGCAAGCAGUUUUGGAAGGCUGGAGAUUAUGAAGGGUCUUCUUCUGCUAGUUCAGUACUAAAAUCAGGUGGUAUAGAUCAUGUCCGAGUUCAUCCCAAAUUCCUACACUCCAAUGCCACAAGUCACAAGUGGGUACUUGGAGCUCUUGCUGAGCUCUUGGACAAUUCAUUGGAUGAGGUGUCCAACGGAGCAACAUAUGUGAACAUUGAUAUGGUCAAAAACAAAAAAGAUGGGAGCAGAAUGCUUCUGAUUGAAGAUAAUGGUGGUGGGAUGGAUCCUGAGCGAAUGAGGCAUUGCAUGUCUCUGGGAUAUUCUGUGAAAAGCAAAAUGGCUGAUACUAUUGGGCAGUAUGGAAACGGAUUCAAGACAAGUACCAUGAGACUUGGAGCUGAUGUGAUUGUUUUCUCUCGUUCUGAUGGGAAGCCAGGGAAAAGCCCCACACAGAGCAUUGGAUUGCUGUCCUACACAUUCUUGCGGAACAAAGGAAUGGAAGAUAUUGUUGUUCCCAUGCUUGACUAUGAAAAAAGAGAAGGGUGGGACAGGAUAAUACGAUCAUCAUCUGAUGAUUGGGAUAAAAAUCUCGAGACCAUAAUUGAGUGGUCCCCUUUCUCAAGUGAAGCUGAUCUUCUUAGACAGUUUAAUCCGAUGAAAGGUCAAGGCACUCGAAUUGUAGUAUACAAUUUGUGGGAGGAUGACCAAGGACUACUCGAGCUAGAUUUUGAUGCUGAUCCACAUGAUAUUCAAAUAAGAGGAGUCAACCGUGAUGAGAGGAGCAUACAGAUGGCCAAACAGUAUCCGAACUCCCGGCAUUUCUUGACAUAUAGACAUUCACUAAGGAGCUAUGCAUCAAUUCUAUACUUAAGAGUUGCUCCUGGCUUUCGGAUUAUUCUGCGGGGUAAAGACGUUGAGCACCAUAACAUAGUAAAUGAUAUGAUGAUGACCCAAGAGGUCACGUAUCGCCCUAUGCCUGGUGCAGAUGGAGUACCCAAAGAUUCCAAUAUGGUAGCUACUGUGAAAAUUGGGUUUGUAAAGGAUGCUAAAUCCCAUAUUGAUGUUCAAGGGUUUAAUGUCUAUCACAAAAAUAGACUUAUUAAGCCAUUUUGGAGGCUUUGGCAUGCUCCUGGAAGUGACGGGCGUGGAGUUAUAGGUGUAUUGGAAGCCAAUUUUGUUGAACCAGCACAUGACAAGCAAGGGUUUGAGCGUACAACAGUUCUUUCAAGACUUGAAGCACGAUUAGUGCAGAUGCAGAAAACUUACUGGUCAACACUUUGUCACAAAAUUGGGUAUGCUCCUAGGCGGAAUAAAAAAGCUAUUGCACGAGAGGAUUCUCCUGAUUAUCCUUCUUCAGCAUCGCAACCAAAACAUAAUAGUUCUGCAAAGUCAUCUGAGAAGAUUUAUCCUUCUUCAGCAUCGCAAUCAAAACAUAAUAGUUCUGCAAAGUCAUCUGAGAAGAUUUAUCCUUCUUCAGCAUCGCAAUCAAAACAUAAUAGUUCUGCAAAGUCAUCUGAGAAGAGUAAUGUUGAUGGGCAUUUAAAUGGCAAGCAUGAUGGCAAAAUCAGAAGAUCUAGAAACAUACCAAGUUCUUUGGAGCCAUCAAGUUCUGCGGAAGAUGACAGCGAUGAUGAUGUCCAAGUUGUCCUUCCAAAGAAUAAACCAGUUGGGCAUCAGAAUCAUACUAAUGGAAAAGAUGGUCCUCGGGUUAUGCAUUCACCGCCAGGCUUUGGACAAAGAGUUGCUGAGCAAGUAUGUUCUCCUGGUGGAAACCUCAAGCGUGUUACUAGAAGUUCAAGAUCAAAGGGAGAUGCUGAUGAGAAUGAGGGCAUGCUGCCAGAUAACCUCACGGAGUCUCUAGAGCAGUUAAAAGCAGAGAAUCAUGAGCUUAAAGAAAGGUUGCGGAGGAAAGAGGAAGAGAUUUUAGGUGAUCUGUUACGUGAUUUACAGCAUGAAAGAGAGAGAUCCAAAUCACUUGAAGCUCAGCUGCAGGAGUCUACCAGAAAAUUAGAGGAACUUAACAAGGAGCAAGAAAGUUUAAUAGACAUAUUCACGGAGGAGAGACAACGCCGCGAUAUGGAGGAGGAGAACUUAAGAAAGAAGUUGAAGGAUGCAUCAAAUACUGUACAAGAGCUUCUUGACAAGGUGCAGGUUCUGGAGAAGACAAGGUCUGCCAAUUAUAGGUAGUUUAAAUCGUGUAGAGAACUCAGAGUCUCUCUUGGUUGUCCAUGCUGUACAUAUUAUGAGUGGUCCAUUGCACCAAAAUUCGUAGGAACAUCACUUUGGUGCAGUGGUUUUAACCUAAUUGUGCUUCCACUGCUAUUGAGCUUCGGGCACACAUGCAUUGCUCAUUUCUUCUCCAAGUUUCGGUUGUCUUGUCUAGUAGGGUGGUUUAUAGUGAACCUCGAUUCCCUAUUGUCUUUAGAACGUGAAGCCUCUCAUCUUCUUAGCUUUGAAGUGUGCUGGAAUUGACAUUUUUUGUUGCCUUACAAGUUGUUAGGAGAAAUAUCAAUGCAGAAUUUUUUCCCAGGAUGGUGUGCCACUGUAUUGUAAAUAUUUUAGAAAAUGGCCAGACUUAUUGCCCUCUAAUUUGAUGGAGAUGCUGGUGCCAUUCUUUAUUUUUGUCCAACAAUUUUGUGGUGAUAAUUUUACUAGUAAUUGCAGCACAA